CAGACCCCUUGACACCCGCACCCGGCGCUGGCGCAGCGCGCUCUAGACCCGGGCUCCGUGCGCAGUUGUCCGCCCGACGCUCCUACUCGCGCCGUUCUCCGGGACCCUUUGCCCGGUCGCUGGACUCCAAGUGACCUUAGGUCCUCAGGCGGCAGUGAACCCCAUGGCCCCCCAGGGGGCUGAAGUAGGAAAAGCCUGAGUACCCUCAGACGGCGCCCCGUCCACGCCCCUCCGGGCUGCGCGGCGGGAGUCUCGGGGAGCUAUGCUGAAGCCGGGUGGUGCGGAGGAAGCUGCGCAGCUCCUCCCUCGGCGCGCCCGCGCCCCAACGCCCGCAUCCGCGUCUAGACCCGUCGCCCUCGACGGCUCCCGGACUUCGGUCCGCCUAGGUCUUGCCUGCCUUCUGCUGCUGCUGCUACUGACGCUGCCCGCCCGCGUAGACACAUCCUGGUGGUACAUCGGGGCACUGGGGGCCCGAGUGAUCUGUGACAAUAUUCCUGGUUUGGUGAGUCGGCAGCGGCAGCUGUGCCAGCGCUACCCAGACAUCAUGCGCUCAGUGGGCGAGGGAGCCCGAGAAUGGAUCCGAGAGUGUCAGCACCAGUUCCGCCACCACCGCUGGAACUGCACCACCCUGGACCGGGACCACACUGUCUUUGGCCGUGUCAUGCUCAGAAGCAGUCGGGAGGCAGCAUUUGUGUAUGCCAUCUCAUCAGCCGGUGUGGUCCAUGCCAUCACUCGUGCAUGUAGCCAGGGUGAACUCAGUGUGUGCAGCUGUGACCCCUAUACCCGUGGCAGACACCAUGACCAACGAGGGGACUUUGACUGGGGUGGCUGCAGUGACAACAUCCACUAUGGCGUCCGCUUUGCCAAGGCCUUUGUGGAUGCUAAGGAGAAGAGACUGAAAGAUGCCCGGGCCCUCAUGAACUUACAUAAUAACCGCUGCGGCCGCACGGCUGUGCGGCGGUUUCUGAAGCUGGAGUGUAAGUGCCAUGGUGUGAGUGGCUCCUGUACUUUACGCACCUGCUGGCGUGCACUCUCAGACUUCCGCCGUACAGGUGAUUACCUGCGGCGACGCUACGAUGGGGCUGUGCAGGUAACGGCCACCCAGGAUGGUGCCAAUUUCACAGCAGCCCGCCAAGGCUAUCGCCGUGCCACCCGGACUGAUCUUGUCUAUUUUGACAACUCCCCAGACUACUGUGUCUUGGACAAGGCUGCAGGUUCCCUGGGCACUGCAGGCCGUGUCUGCAGCAAGACAUCUAAAGGAACCGAUGGGUGUGAAAUCAUGUGCUGUGGCCGAGGGUAUGACACAACCCGAGUCACCCGUGUCACCCAGUGUGAGUGCAAAUUCCACUGGUGCUGUGCUGUGCGGUGCAAGGAGUGCAGAAACACUGUGGACGUCCAUACCUGCAAGGCCCCCAAGAAGGCAGAAUGGCUGGACCAGACCUGAACACACAGAUACCUCACUCAUCCCCGCACUUCAGGCCUCCCAACUCAAAAGCACAAGAUCCUCGCAUGCACACCUUCCUCCACCCUUGACCAUGGGCUGCUACAGCUAUUUAAGGACUUGGAGAGUAAUCCAGAGGGACUGUGAUGUCCUGGCUGAUUCCACAGUCCUGGGAAGGAGUUGACAGGGGAUAUAAGAAACUGAGCGGCUCCCUGAUAUCCCCCUCUGGAGGCUUGAAGGGAAAGUAGAAGAGGUAGGGAGUCUUCAGAGUGAUGUGAGUUGCACUAAAGUAGAUGGUCCAGGCUCAUUUUAUCUUUCCCUUGCACUGGCUUUCUGACACUUUUGCAAGAGGAAGUCUACUUGGAGAGCUUUUUUUUUUGUUCUGAUCUGGCUGAAGGUAGAUGGGACGGAGAUGAACUGCAUGUCCCUUCCUUAGAAUCAGUUUGAGCAGACUGCCUGGUACCCAGAAGAAGAUCUUAGGCUAUAAUGUUCUCCUAGUACUGAAAGCCUGAGAUUGUUAGACAAGAGUUAGCCAUAGCAGACAAGAUUCAAUUCACAUGCUCAUAUGUUUAUAAACUGUUGUGUUUUGUAGGGGAAAAAACAUCAUUUACACAGUCAUUCAUUCUCUCUCUGUUCCAUCCUAUAUCAGACAACACUGCCACUUUUUCUCACUUGCUGCCUGUUCAAAUUGAGGUGGCCUGGUUCCUGUGCCUAGCAGGUGAUUAGAAGAGCCUGGGAUGCUCUUAAGAGGAAUUUAGUAAAUCUGGCUAGGUGUUGGGAUUUUUUUCCCAUGCAUGAUUCUGGAAGUUAGCCAGGUUAGGAAAACACUGAGUAAAUGACAGGUAACUCACAGAGAGUGGGAGAGUAAACAGGCCUGAUCUCAAGGGCCCACAAUGAGGUAUCAGUGCAUCCCAAGCAGGUAGGGAUCUCUGGCUUUGGUAACUCUUUACAAGAGGAUGCUAGCCUUUGAAGCUGGAAGCAGAAGCGAGUGGCUAGAUAGGGAAGGAGAGCUGAGGCUUGGGGCCAAAGUGGUAAACAGCUCAGAAGGCAGCCUUCCCCAUGUACACAACAAAUCUUUAUUUACUGAUUUUCCAAAUCCUGGUUAUUAUAAUUCACUCCACAUUUGGCGUAAAUAGAGGAGUAUUCCUUCUCUGUCACUACCCCUUGUCUGAUUAGGUUUGCAGUUAGAAAUAGCAGGCUUAGUAAGCUGGAGGGGUAGGACAAGGGGUCCCAGAACCCUUGGUGUCCUUUUUUUUUUCUUUUAUUUUUGAGUCUACUAUAGGCAUGUGUGCUCACCGAAG